GCCCGCCCCGCCCGCCCCGCCCAUGGCCCAUGCAGACCCAUCAGCCCAUCUUGGGCCCUCUUGAGCGUUAAAAAAUUCCAAGAACGCGUUAAUUCGGGCACUUCCUGUGAAAACUCGCCUUUUGAAAGUUGGCCAUCCUGUCGGAAAAUCCUCUCUCCAAACAGGUGUUUUUCGAAUGAGAUACGGGGGGCAAAGGAGGGGGAAGCAUGGCAUUUGUUCUCACCGUGUGUUGCGGUAGCCGUGCGAAGAGUUGGCUGUGAGUGCAUCGAUAAAACAAACGCCAGUGCGAUGCGGCCUACUUGAUUAAGUGUUUCGAAAUGCCCCAUCAGUACGGAUUGCCGGGCAUAGCCCACGCUCAGUCGCCCCCGACGCCGCCGCCGCAGCACGGGGCCAUGUACUCGCGGUUCUCGGGGGCGGUGGUGCCCGGGGGCUACCGCGGCGAGGACCGGCGGCUGACCCGGGAGGCCAUGGAGCGGUAUCUGCGGGACCGGUCCGACAUGGUCAUCGUGAUUUUGCACGCCAAGGUGGCGCAGAAGUCCUACGGGAAUGAGAAGAGGUUUUUCUGUCCGCCCCCUUGCAUUUAUCUGUUCGGGGACGGCUGGAGGCUGCGCCAGGAGCAGAUGCUGCGGGAGGGCGAGUCCGAGCAGGCCUCGCAGUUAUGCGCUUUCAUAGGGAUUGGGAACUCGGACCAGGACAUGCAGCAGCUGGAUUUGAAUAAUGGGAAGCAGUAUUGUGCCGCGAAAACUCUCUACAUCUCCGAUUCGGACAAGAGGAAACACUUUAUGUUGUCCGUGAAGAUGUUCUACGGGUCGGGGCACGACAUCGGGGUGUUUCAUAGCAAAAGAAUCAAAGUUAUCUCGAAGCCUUCAAAGAAGAAACAAUCGUUGAAAAACGCGGAUUUGUGUAUUGCGAGUGGUACCAAAGUGGCGCUUUUUAACAGACUUAGAUCUCAGACUGUCUCCACGCGGUAUCUGCACGUGGAAAAUGGACAUUUUCAUGCCAGUUCCACACAGUGGGGUGCUUUCACUAUACACUUGUUAGACGACAAUGAAUCUGAAAGUGAGGAGUUUCAAGUACGGGAUGGGUACAUUCAUUACGGUUCUACAGUCAAACUGGUGUGUUCUGUCACCGGAAUGGCCCUCCCGAGACUUAUCAUUCGAAAGGUGGACAAGCAGCAGGCGCUCCUCGAAGCCGACGACCCCGUGUCCCAGCUGCACAAAUGCGCCUUUUACAUGAAAGACACCGAACGCAUGUACCUCUGCCUCUCCCAAGAGCGCAUCAUCCAGUUCCAGGCCACCCCUUGCCCCAAAGAGCCCAACAAGGAGAUGAUCAACGACGGCGCCUGCUGGACCAUCAUCUCCACCGACAAGGCCGAGUACCAGUUCUACGAGGGCAUGGGCCCCGUGCGCUCCCCCGUGACCCCCGUGCCCAUCGUGCACAGCCUGCACUUGAACGGCGGCGGCGAAGUGGCGAUGCUGGAGCUCACGGGCGACAACUUCUCGCCGUCCCUGCAGGUGUGGUUCGGGGACGUGGAGGCCGAGACCAUGUACCGGUGCCAGGAGUCCAUGCUGUGCGUGGUCCCGGACAUCUCGCAGUUCCGGGGCGAGUGGCUGUGGGUGCGGCAGCCGACCCAGGUCCCGGUCUCCUUGGUGCGGAACGACGGGAUUAUCUAUGCCACGGGGUUGACGUUCACGUAUACGCCGGAGCCGGGGCCCCGACCGCAGUGUUUGCCUGCGGACGAGAUCAUGAGGCAUGGGCAGAGGAGCGCGGCGGCGGCGCAGGGGCAGAGCCAGGCGCUGACGCAGGAGGCGGCGUGGAACUCGCACGGAGGGAUGCAUUAGGGGGUGGGUAGGUAGAUGCAAUAAAGUUAGGUAGGGUGUACAACGACCAUUGUGUUUUUUCUCGAGUGGACACUCAGUAUUAAAUUUUGAGAUUGGAAGUGGCACGAGUCUUCUGUAUUAUGAUUUAUUGUGAUAUGUUUUUUGAGUAGGCGGUCGUAGAGAAGCAAAAGUUGGUAUCAAUUUUUCCUUAUUUUUUAAUUGAUGCAGUUGACCGGCCUAAGACUUGUAGGAUGUGUUUCUACAGCGGUGUAAAGAGAUACUUAGCCUUAUGAACAAACCAAAGUUAUGUAAGUUUUCUAAUUGUCAGUCAGAAUGAAUAGUCCAACAAUUUUUACUUAGUAUUAAGUAAAUUAUGCUCAAUUUGCCGAUGAAUAAUAAAUAAUAGGUAAUAAAAAAUCUCGACAGGAAAACAUGACAACAACGAAUUUAUGGCAAAUGUAAUGAGUGUAAAUAUCUUUAUUAGAAUUAGUUUUAUUCUACGUAAAAUAAUACAUAAACAAACUGUACAUGCUGCAUAUUUUGUAGAAAUAAAAACUAUUUGAAUAAUA